AUGAGUGCAGAUCCAGCGUAUCCCAGAUUCCCUUUCGCUCGCCCGAGUGGCGAUGAACCACCUGCAGAGUUUCACCGUCUUCUCAGAGAAUGUCCUGUUUCCCGCGUCGAGCUUUGGGAUGGGAGCCAUCCAUGGUUGGUGGUAAAGCACAAGGAUGUUCGCGAAGUUCUUACGGACCCCAGACUUUCCAAGGUUCGUCAGCGAGAGGGCUUUCCAGAAAUGUCCCCUGGUGGAAAGGCAGCUGCGAAAAACCGGCCGACCUUCGUUGAUAUGGAUCCUCCCGAUCAUAUGCAUCAAAGGAGCAUGGUUAGCGCCUUUUUCGAUGAGGGAUACGUUGAAUCUCGCCUUCCGUUCAUUCGGGACACUGUUCAGCAUUAUCUGAAUGAGUUGAUCACGGUUGGUAAGGAUGGGAAAGAAGUGGAUCUUGUGAAGUAUUUUGCUCUGCCAAUACCCUCCCAUAUCAUCUAUGAUAUACUCGGUAUACCGCAUGAAGACUUCGAAUAUUUACGCGGGUGUGAUGCGACGCGGACUAAUGGAAGUAGCACUGCUGCUGCCGCCCAAGCUGCCAACAAGGAGCUGCUGGACUAUUUGGAGAAACUGGUCGAUAAGAAAACUGCACACCCUGGCAAAGAUGUUAUAAGCACCCUGGUCAUGGAGCAAUUGAAACCAGGACACCUUGAGAAACUUGACGUGGUUCAGGUAGCAUUUCUUCUUUUGGUGGCCGGUAACGCUACCGUUGUAAGCAUGAUCGCCUUGGGCGUGGUGACCCUGCUCGAGCACCCAGAGCAACUGUCGCGGUUAAUGGAAGAUCCAUCGCUCUCCAAGCUAUUUGUAGAGGAACUAUGUCGCUACCACACAGCAUCCGCACUCGCUACUCGGCGUGUGGCUACCGUGGAUAUCGAACUUCGUGGACAAAAAAUAAAAGCCGGCGAAGGCAUCAUUGCGUCAAAUCAAGCUGCUAAUCGUGAUCCCGAGGUCUUCCCCGACCCAGACACCUUCGACAUGUUCCGAAAGCGAGGACAAGAGGAGGCCCUGGGCUUCGGAUACGGCGAUCAUCGGUGCAUCGCGGAAGGGCUUGCGCGUGCGGAGCUAGAGACUGUCUUUUCCACUUUAUUCCAAACAGUCCCGAGCCUUAGGCUCGCGGUCCCCAAAUCGGAGAUCCAGUGGACACCUCCUACCAGGGACGUGGGUAUCAUUGGGCUUCCGGUGACUUGGGAUAGCGAUUGA